ACUGGGCAUUCUUCGACAAGGAAAGACAGACGCGACUCAUAAAGGCAACAUUCACCCGACACACAGCCCAGGUCGUCCUACAAUAUUCACCGACUUGUAUGGAAGGGGGAGGUUGAGGCGGAUCUCGAUCGUGAUAUGAGCGAUGGGCCCACAGACGUAAGCGAGGUAGGCAGAGAAGUUAUUGUAUAGCAAGUGUAUGUAUGAAGGAGAUGGAGCUUGUGUGGGCGAAUGCGCAAAAUAAAAAAAAAGAAGAAGAUGAAAGCAAGGGAAAGAAGAAUAAAGUAGCAAUAACAAGCAAAAGGAACGAAGAGAAGUCAAAGGAGGAGGAGGAGGAGGAGGAGGAGGGAGGGGACCGGGGCGAGGAUGACCAGAAAGGGAAAUCGGAGGGCAGCGGGGGGUGGGAAGCGAAGGAUAUAUCAAGGAAAGCCUCCCAAACCUUUUUUCUUCCCCCCCCUCCAGAAUAAUUUUUUUCCCUCCUUCUCCCUUUCUCCUGUCCGUGCAGGGCCU